CUUUGUUGAAGCCUUCUCACUUCGACAGCGAGGUUAUAGGACAUCAUUUGGUGAGCAAGGGAAUAUGUGCUGAUCUUGACGACGCUGUGGCGGAGCAUUCUGCCUUGAGAAGCAGUCACCGAGGGGGCCAGGUGAGCGGCCAGAAUACGCCCAUGACUGACGCCAAAAGACUCCCAUGGCUCCGCCUGAUGGCGUUGAAGCAGACCGACAAAGAUGUCUACGAAUCUGUCCAUCGAGCAUGGCCGUCCAGUGGGGGAAAUCGAGCCUUCGGUGGCCAUGUCUACGCGCAGAGUGCCAUCGCGGCCAGCAAGACUGUGGAGGAUGGACUCGUGAUCCACAACAUCACAGGUCAUUUCAUCCUUGGGGGCUCUGUUCUCGCACCCUUCGUCUACCAUGUUCGACGAAUCGGAGAUGGGAGGUCGUUCAGUUGGAGGACGGUUGAAGUGUUUCAAGGGUCCCAGCCGUCGGCCAGGCCUUGUUUCGUGGCCACGAUAUCUUUCAAGCGCUACGAGGAGUCGAAGUCAUGGAUCCCCCUCGAGCACCAGGCAGAGACGUUCGAAGACUUUACGAAGACGUACUCAUCGAUUCUGGAUCGGACAAAGCCGGAGGAGACCCCGCUUGCCCCAGGCGCAGACGCUCCCUGGUGGUACAACGCCAAUAACGAUGCGUGGCGCGUCACGAAUGACAUGUUUCCCGGGGUUGAUAUUCGGAAGGUUGACAUGUCAGGGCACAACGAGACCUCCAGGCACCCGACUCGACAUCCAGCGGCAGGUCGAAGACAACUGUGCUUCUACCGCCUCAUCGUCGACGCAGAGUCGAGAGAACUCCUGAACAAGACGACGAGCGAGAUUCUGAAUCUCCAUGCCGCGGCCCACUUGUAUGCGUCGGAUCGAAACUCUUUAUUUCUCAUCCCACGAGCACAUGGCCUGGCAGACCGGAUAGCCGUCCUGGCAUCUCUGUCCCACACUGUCAUUUUCCAUGGAGAUCCUGCCCGUCUGAAAAUGCUUGAUGAACAAGGAAACCCUAUAUGGUUCGUGCAGGAAGCCUGGACGAGCAAUUCGGGCGCCGGCCGUGGGUGUCACGAGAGCAGGCUGUGGAAUUACAAGUCGGGCAGGGUCGUGGCGAGCACGAUCCAGGAUGGCAUGGUCAGAAUACCCCGGGAUCCAGGACGUGUUCCCAAGUACUACCAACAAGCAGAAACAGCGCUGCAGUCCGUUUCAAACCCGAGUCCGAAGCUUUGA